UUCGCUUAAAGCAACUUGGGAUUUUCUCCACUGACCCAAAAGUUUGUGUCUUUGGAAGGUUUUUGUCGUUUCAGUGAGUGACUGAGUUGUGAUGGGGAAGAUUGCGGUGGGAGCUGCUGCGGUUGUUUGCACGGCGGCGGCGUGUGCUGCGGCGGCGCUGGUGGUGCGCCACCGCAUGAGAAGCUCGGAGAAGUGGGUUCGUGUGGUGGCUAUGGUGAAGGAGUUUGAAGAACAGUGUGAGACCCCAAUUGAGAAGCUGAGGCAAGUUGCUCAUGCCAUGGAGGUUGAGAUGCAUGCAGGUCUUGAAUCUGAAGGUGGUAGCAAACUCAAGAUGUUAAUGAGCUAUGUUGACAAUCUUCCAACUGGAGAUGAGAAAGGACUCUUUUAUGCAUUGGACCUUGGUGGCAUGAACUUCCGCUCCCUUCGUGUGUUGUUAGGUGGAAAAGAGAAAGGUGUUGUUAGGAUAGAGUCUGUAAAAACUCAAAUUCCUCCUGAGUUAAUGACUGGUUCUUCAAAUGACUUAUUUGAUUUUAUAGCAACAUCUCUUGCAAAGUUUGUUAGUUCCGAACCUUCAGAGUUUCAUCCUCCCCCUGGCGGACAAAGAGAACUGGGUUUUACCUUCUCUUUUCCAGUGCGUCAAACAUCAUUAACAUCCGGGACUCUAAUAAAGUGGACUAAGGGUUUCCAUAUUGAGGAUGUGGUUGGAGAAGAUGUAGUGGGUAAACUAAACAAGGCGAUGGAGAAAAUUGGCCUGGAUAUGCGUGUUGCUGCUCUAGUUAAUGAUACCGUUGGAACAGUGGCUAGAGGCAAAUUCAGCAAUCAGGAUGUCAUUGCUGCAGUAAUUGUUGGUACAGGGACAAAUGCAGCAUAUGUAGAGCGUGCACAUACAAUUCCAAAAUGGUAUGGUCUUCUACCAAAAUCAGGAGAGAUGGUUAUAAACAUGGAGUGGGGUAAUUUUUGUUCAUCUGAUCUUCCUCUGACAGAAUAUGAUCAAGCUCUAGAUGCGGAGAGCUUAAACCCUGGAGAACAGAUUUUUGAGAAGAUAAUUUCUGGUAUGUAUUUGGGGGACAUUGUAAGGAGAGCGUUAUUGAAGAUGGCUGAAGAAGCUGACUUCUUUGGAGAUACUGUUCCUCCCAAGCUGAGAAUUCCAUUCAUACUCAAGACACAUGACAUGUAUGUUAUGCAUCAUGAUACGUCUUCAGAUCUGAAGGUGGUUGAAAACAAAUUGAGGGAUUUAUUAGAGAUCCAUAACACAUCCCUAAAAAUGAGGAAGAUUGCUGUGAAACUCUGUGAUAUUGUUGCUAUUCGAGGGGCCCGCCUUACUGCUGCUGGUAUUUUAGGCAUCCUCAAGAAAAUAGGAAGAGACACAAUUAAGGCUGGGGAGAAACAAAAAUCAGUAAUAGCAUUGGAUGGAGGAGUGUUUGAAGUCUAUAUUCCAUUCAGAACUUGCUUCGAGAAUACACUAAAGGAGUUGUUAGGAGAUGAAGCAUUUGAGACAAUUGGCAUUGAGCAAAAUCGUGAUGGCUCUGGAAUUGGAGCAGCUCUCCUGGCAGCUUCUCACUCCCUGUAUUUGGGAGUGGAUGAGUCCUGAAGAUGUGUUUAGUGGCAAGGUAAACAAGUGUAAUAAUAGUUUCAAUUUUUUGUACACCAAAUAGAUCAACAGAUUGAAGCAGAAAAGCCAUGGUUUACUAGUUGUACAUAGCUCUUAACCGGAGAGAGGACCAAGUCACUGUGUGUGUAUUGAUAGGGCUCAGUGUUCUUGCUAAAACAUUGCUGCUUCUUGUCUAAUUACUGGGGCAUUGUUUUGGUUAUAGUGUUUGUCUCUCCCACAUUAAGGAAUAAUACAGGAAAUGUAAACUUUUGAGCAGGCACCUCUUGCCAAUGUAACAUG